GGCCCGGGCGCCCGGGCCUCAGGGUUCCGCUGGUCAGUCUCCCGGCCCCAUCCUCGGCACCCCAGGUUUCUGGGACCCUAUCUCUUUCUGAGGAGUCAGGGCUUCUGAAUGUUCCUGCCCGGUCCACCUUAGGGACAUUGGCAUCCAGGGAUCCAGCUCCCACCCAGCUCUGGGAGUGCUGUCAGCUUUAGCUGUGGGGCUAAAAGACCCAGCUGGUAGCCCUCACCCCCUCAGGACCUGGGAAUAGUUUCCCAGACUUUGUCCCCUUUAGAGACCCAGUUCAACAGCCCCUGUGCCCCUCAGACAAAUAUACCCAGCCUCCUGGCACCCCAGCAUCUGUUCCCUGAGGGAUUCAGGCGCCAUGACUCUCUCCCUGUUUCAGGAGUCUCGGAAUGCAAUUCUUAAUGCAUUUCUUAGGCUUCUGCCUACCCUCCACCUUGGAGACCUAGAGGCCCUGUGCCCAAUCUUGCAUACCCUCAGGGACCCAGGAGUUCAUCUCCCAGUGUCUGUACUGCCCACCAGCCUUUGCCCAGGCUGUCUGCCCCAGCCCUGCUUCCCAACCUCCCAUCCCUUACUUCCACAAGGAUUCAGAAGUCCAGGUCGCCAGCUCUGCCCCACCCCCCUACCCCAGGUUUCUAGCUCCUCAGCUCUUACUCUUAGGGACCCAGGUCCCUAUGGCCUCACAAGCCCCCAUCAACUUGACAUCUCUGGGGACCUUGACAAACCCCUGCCUCAUCCCCGUACCAUCUCAGGCGCUGGGACCCCUGGGACUCUUCACUCUCUCCCCUGAGACCCAGCUUCUUAAGAUGUUUCCAGCACCCCAUUGCCUCCUGAGGCCCAUAUGGUGAUGUCCCAUCCUCUGAGUACACCCUCUCAGGCUGAGGAGCCAAACAUACAUCCCUUCUUCCAGAUGCGCUCUGUGGCCUAGGCUCAUUCUUUGAUCUAGAACCUGCCCACUCUCUUCUACAUUUCUGGUUAAACAUGUGCCCCUGGGAUGCUCCAUGUUCUAGAGUCCUUCUAAAUCCUAGAACGCUUCCAGUCAACAUCUCUGUUCCAUCUUCACCCAAGGCAUGUUCUAAAUUCUAGGCUAGGUGCCAAAUUCCAGGCACGUCUUUCCCCAAGUGAAUUCAGAUGUCUAGAUAAUACUCCCGAACCACAUUCUGAUCCCACCCUCUCCUCAGACAUGUUCCAAAGUUUUAGAAACCAGUCCUUGCUUGUUCCCUGCUAAAAUUUCAUUUUAGGUGUGUUCUAGGUUCCAGCCACGUCCUUGCCAUUGUUCUAGAUUCCAUUAUCUUCCCAGGGACAUUCUAAGUUCUAGAAUGUGAGUGUUCCAGCUAUGUGCCCUCGCCUUUCUCCAAAUUGUGUUAUCAAUUCCAGAAUGCACUUCCUAGUUUUAGGUUCCAUCCAAUUCUACACUCUUAAAUCUAGAGGAUUCCCACUGAAGUGUUCUACAUUAUAUCUUCUUUCCUCAGAUUCUAGGUUCUAGAACCAUCCAUGGCCACCUUCUCUGUCCAUCUUUCCCCUAGUGUGACCUUAAUUUAGAACUUGUCCCCUGGUGGAUUGUGGGCCUCCUCCUCCAUCUGCCACUUCAGCAUUCCAAGCAUGCUCUAGGCUCUUUCCUCUUCUGGAGUUUUCAGCCUAGAAAUGUCCUCAUUUCCAGAACAUCCCCACCCCCCUUUGCCAGCUCAGUCCUUAUGCCAGUAAAUUCUCAAUUCCCGGCAUGCAUCCUUCUGCAUCUUCCCCCAGGCACUUGUAAGUUCCAGGCAAACUCCUUGCUACUUUCUAGGUUUUUCUUCACCUCCUGGGCAUUCUGAAUUCUAGAGCAUAUCUUCUGUCUUCUGAGUUCUAGCAUUAUCUAGACAUGAUAAAACCGAGAAUGCAACCCCUGCUAUAUUUUGUGUUCUACCUUCAUCGCUGGUAGAUUCUGAGUUCUAGACUGUGUCUCCUGACUAGGUUUGUUAGGCAUUGCAUUAGGUAUGUUCUUAGAUAUCAUUAUGCUCCCCUCUGUGUUUAGGGUUCUGGGGUGACCCAGAUAUGCUUUACAUUAUUGAUGGCACUUGGCUGAUUCCAGGUUCCAGAACUGGGUUCUAGAAUAUGCUCCUCUCCUUGGUCCUACGUGCGGUCUUACCCCAAGCACAUUGUAAAUGUGGAAGUGUAUGUCUGCAUUCUGUACCGUGCCUUCAUGCCCGUGGCUUUCUAGAGUCUACACUGAGCCUUGCUGUGUUUUAUUUCCUUCUGGGUGAAUUUGAAGUUCCAGAGCAAGCCUCCCUCAAGCACGCUGUGGUGCAUCUCCUGAGUAGGUUCUGGGUUUUAGAUACCACGUCGGUUUCUGGCCUCAGGCUGGCCUGCCCUCUUAUAAAACAUUUUCCUGAAUCUGGCCUCUGAGUCUUGGGAUUCAGGUGUCUAGAUUUCCAGAUGCACCUCUUCAAAGACCCGGGGUACAGGAGCCCAGCCGCCUCCUCUCCCCUGUCCCAGACUUUGGACAUAGUCUGCACGUUGGGUGGGGCUGGGAAUUAUCUACUCUCAGAACCGGUUAUGCCGCUGCCCGAAGGGGGAGAAGGAAAGGAGGGAACACAGUGAAAAGUCUCUCCUGCUUUCGGCCGGGCCAGCCGGACCCGUCUGACCUGAUGUGUGCAGAGGGAGGGGCUCAGGAGACCUCGCUUCAUUUCUGCCCACAGCUCCUGCACUUGGACUCCUGGGUUCUGGGGGAGGGGGGGUCUGAGGCUGGGAUUUCUGGGUCUAAAGUUGGAGGUUGAAAGCCCAGACUCUGGUGUCCUGGGGGAGGAGGGGGGUGUGGUCUGUGACUCCUGUGUCUGGGGAAGGAAGGGACUCAGGGACCUAGACUCUGACCUGAGGGAGGAGGGAGCUGGAUCUUGGACUCCUGGGUCGGUCGUGGGAGAUAGCUAGCAUGGCCUCCUGCCAGGAUUUUUUUUUUCUUCCCAAGUCGAGUGGGUCUUCUUCUGGAGCUGGGGUCCAGAUCUCUGGGAAAUUGAAGGAGGCAAGAGUUGGGCUGGAUAGCAGGUGACGACCAUCACUGUGACAUCGUACAGGCCAGCACCGCCGCCAUGAUGUGCGAGGUGAUGCCCACCAUCAGCGAGGAUGGCCGGCGGGGCUCGGCGCUGGGCCCGGACGAGGCAGGCGGCGAGCUGGAGCGCCUCAUGGUCACCAUGCUCACGGAGCGCGAGCGGCUGCUCGAGACGCUGCGCGAGGCGCAGGACGGGCUGGCUACGGCGCAGCUGCGGCUGCGCGAGCUCGGCCACGAGAAGGACUCGCUGCAGCGCCAGCUCAGCAUCGCGCUGCCCCAGGAGUUUGCCGCUCUGACGAAGGAACUGAAUUUAUGUCGGGAGCAGUUGCUGGAGCGUGAGGAAGAGAUUGCAGAGCUGAAAGCGGAGCGGAACAACACGCGGCUUCUCCUGGAACACCUGGAAUGCCUGGUGUCCAGGCACGAGAGAUCACUGCGCAUGACCGUGGUGAAGCGCCAGGCCCAGUCCCCGGGCGGGGUUUCUUCCGAGGUGGAGGUGCUCAAGGCUCUAAAAUCCCUCUUCGAACACCACAAGGCCCUGGAUGAGAAGGUCCGGGAGCGGCUGCGGAUGGCGCUGGAGCGGGUGGCAGUGCUAGAGGAGGAGUUGGAGCUGAGCAAUCAGGAGACUCUGAACCUUCGAGAGCAGCUGUCCAGGCGCCGGUCGGGGCUGGAGGAGCCUGGCAAGGAUGGGGAUGGGCAGACCCUUGCCAAUGGCCUUGGUCCUGGCGGCGAUUCGAACCGGCGCACGGCAGAGCUGGAGGAGGCCCUGGAGCGGCAGCGGGCGGAGGUGUGCCAGCUGCGGGAGCGCCUGGCGGUGUUGUGCCGCCAGAUGAGCCAGCUGGAGGAGGAGCUGGGCACCGCCCACCGCGAGCUGGGUAAGGCCGAGGAAGCUAACGCCAAGCUCCAGCGCGACCUCAAGGAGGCGCUGGCUCAGCGGGAGGAUAUGGAGGAGCGGAUCACGACCCUGGAGAAGCGCUACCUGAGUGCCCAGCGCGAGGCCACGUCUCUGCACGAUGCCAACGACAAGCUGGAGAACGAGUUGGCCAGCAAGGAAUCGCUGUAUCGGCAGAGUGAAGAAAAGAGCCGUCAGCUGGCCGAGUGGCUGGACGAUGCCAAGCAGAAGCUGCAGCAGACUCUGCAGAAAGCGGAGACCUUGCCCGAGAUAGAGGCGCAGCUGGCCCAGCGCGUGGCGGCCCUCAACAAGGCUGAGGAACGUCAUGGAAAUUUUGAGGAGCGGCUUCGGCAGUUGGAGGCCCAGUUGGAGGAGAAGAAUCAGGAGCUACAGCGGGCCCGGCAGCGGGAGAAGAUGAACGAUGACCACAAUAAGCGGCUGUCCGAGACCGUGGACAAGCUGCUGAGCGAGUCCAACGAACGGUUACAGCUUCACCUCAAGGAGCGCAUGGGGGCGCUGGAGGAGAAGAACUCAUUGAGUGAGGAAAUUGCCAACAUGAAGAAGCUUCAGGACGAGUUGCUGCUCAACAAGGAGCAGCUCUUGGCGGAGAUGGAACGGAUGCAGAUGGAGAUCGACCAGCUUCGGGGGAGGCCACCAUCCUCCUACUCCAGGUCUCUCCCUGGCAGUGCCCUGGAGCUCCGUUACUCCCAGGCACCCACAUUACCUUCUGGCGCCCACCUGGACCCCUAUGGGGCUGGCAGUGGCCGGGCAGGCAAGAGGGGCCGCUGGUCGGGGGUCAAGGAUGAGCCCUCCAAGGAGUGGGAACGGUCUGCUCCUGCGGGGUCCAUGCCGCCCCCAUUCCCUGGGGAGCUGGAUGGCUCAGACGAGGAGGAAGCGGAGGGAAUGUUUGGGGCUGAGCUGCUCUCCCCCAGUGGGCAGGCUGACGUGCAGACGCUGGCCAUCAUGCUUCAGGAGCAGCUGGAGGCCAUCAACAAGGAGAUCAAGCUAAUCCAAGAGGAGAAGGAGACAACAGAACAAAGGGCAGAGGAGCUGGAGAGCCGAGUGUCUGGCUCCGGCCUGGACUCGCUGGGCCGCUACCGCAGCAGCUGCUCCCUGCCCCCCUCCCUCACCACCUCUACCCUUGCCAGCCCCUCCCCUCCCAGCUCUGGCCAUUCGACACCCCGCCUGGCACCCCCUAGCCCUGCCCGUGAGGGCACCGACAAAGCAAAUCAUGUCCCCAAGGAGGAAGCUGGGGUUCCACGAGGGGAAGGGCCAGCCAUCCCAGGAGACACCCCACCUCCCACUCCCCGCUCUGCUCGCCUUGAGAGAAUGACCCAGGCCUUGGCACUCCAGGCGGGAUCCUUGGAAGAUGGGGGGCCCUCACGGGGAAGUGAGGGCACCCCAGAUUCCCUGCACAAAGCCCCUAAGAAGAAGAGCAUCAAGUCAUCCAUAGGCCGUCUCUUCGGCAAGAAGGAGAAGGGGCGAAUGGGACCACCAGGCCGGGACAGCUCUUCUCUGGCUGGAACACCCUCAGACGAGACAUUGGCCACUGACCCUCUGGGGUUAGCCAAGUUGACGGGUCCAGGAGACAAGGACCGAAGGAACAAGAGGAAGCAUGAACUUCUGGAAGAGGCCUGCCGCCAGGGGCUGCCCUUUGCUGCCUGGGAUGGGCCCACCGUGGUCUCCUGGCUGGAGCUGUGGGUAGGCAUGCCUGCGUGGUAUGUGGCCGCCUGCCGGGCCAACGUCAAGAGUGGGGCCAUCAUGGCCAACUUGUCAGACACAGAGAUCCAGCGCGAGAUCGGCAUCAGCAACCCGCUGCACCGGCUCAAGCUGCGCCUUGCCAUCCAGGAGAUGGUCUCGCUCACCUCCCCCUCGGCUCCCGCCUCCUCCCGCACGUCCACAGGAAACGUGUGGAUGACACAUGAGGAGAUGGAGUCCCUUACGGCCACCACCAAGCCUGAGACCAAGGAGAUCAGCUGGGAGCAGAUCCUGGCAUACGGCGACAUGAACCACGAGUGGGUGGGAAACGACUGGCUGCCCAGCCUGGGGCUGCCCCAAUACCGAAGCUACUUCAUGGAGUCGCUGGUGGAUGCCCGCAUGUUAGAUCAUCUUAACAAGAAGGAGCUCCGGGGCCAACUCAAGAUGGUGGACAGCUUCCACAGGGUGAGUCUGCAUUAUGGGAUCAUGUGCCUGAAGCGGCUCAACUAUGACCGGAAGGACUUGGAGCGGAGGCGGGAAGAAAGUCAGACCCAGAUCCGAGACGUGAUGGUGUGGUCCAAUGAGCGGGUCAUGGGUUGGGUGUCCGGGCUGGGUCUGAAGGAGUUCGCCACGAACCUCACGGAGAGCGGGGUGCACGGGGCGCUGCUCGCCCUGGACGAGACCUUCGACUACUCCGACCUGGCCUUGCUCCUGCAGAUCCCCACGCAGAAUGCGCAGGCCCGGCAGCUCCUGGAGAAGGAAUUCAGCAACCUCAUUUCCUUAGGCACAGACAGGCGGCUGGACGAGGACAGCGCUAAGUCCUUCAGCCGCUCCCCAUCCUGGCGGAAGAUGUUUCGAGAGAAGGACCUCCGAGGCGUAACCCCCGACUCAGCUGAGAUGUUGCCCCCCAAUUUUCGUUCGGCCGCCGCAGGGGCCCUGGGCUCGCCGGGGCUCCCUCUCCGCAAGCUGCAGCCGGAAGGCCAGAGUGCUGGCAGCUCCCGGGCAGACGGCGUCUCCGUCCGGACCUACUCCUGCUAAUGUAGGCCUCCAGGUGACCUCACUCGGAUGGAAGAAUCUUCCAGAGGCUGGGCUUUUCCCCCUCCCGCCCAGAGUAUGGUCUCGCCGGGGAGAGCGGGCGGGGGCGCUCGCGCCGCGGACCGGACCAUCUGUACAGACAAGCGGGAAGCGCGCGUCCCCGCCUCACAAAUGGACUGGGCCUGGACCAAACCACAGGAACUGGACUGAGAGGGGGAAAGAAGCGGGCAGGAAGAAAUCCCGCCCCGAACUUCCGCCUCCGUUUUCUCUACUUUGUAAUUUAUUGAUCGGUUUCCGACGGGAGAUGGAGGCCCUUUCCCCGCGGGGAGGGGGCGGGGCUUCCCUCCCGGGCCGCAUGCGGGGAGAGGCUGCCCCCUCUCUUUUCUCCUCCCCAGUCGCGGGGCCCAAGUCUUCCUUCUCCGUCCGAAAGGAGGGGAGGGGGGACUCGCUGCUACAAGCCUCGCCCCCUGUGCCACUCAGCCCCGCCCCGCCGCGUCCGGUCGCCGGUGCCUGGGGUCAGCGGCGGCCGGCGUCCCUUCUCCCUCCCCAGUGUCUCGUGUCCCCGGGGCCCCUCCGCCCCCCGUGCUGUGGCCGUGUCCGUGCCCCGCGGGUAGGGGGUGCAGAAGUGCGCUCCCCGCUCCCCUCCGGCUCUGGGGUUUGCAUGGGAGAAUCCUCUUUCCACGAUGCCACUGGGCGACGUGGCGUGAGGGGAGGGAGGACGGUGGGGGAGCCCUCGCCCCCGACUCUUGGUCGGCCUCCCUGCCCCAGGCGUCACUCAGUGAUCACGGGUAAAGAGAACUGUUUCAAAAA